CUCUCUCUCUCUCUAAAACGAAAUUCCAGGGACUAGAGAAAUCAUGAAGAACCCCUCUAUCAUGGGGAUAGAACCCAGUGAGAAAAAAUUACUUUUACAGAUAAAUUUGCUGCAGAGAUAGUAUAUCUGUAUGCAUGUAUGAGACUGUUGAAGGCCCCGCGCGCACAUUCAUGAUGACUGCAGUGAAACACAUGUUGCAUCCGCAUUACUCGGCCGAUCUGUAAUUAAUUAUCCUGCUGGUUACCGCAUGCGAAUACACCAAUACAGUGUAAAACAUUGGAACCAAAAACUCUUAUGAAACGAUGUUCUGUCCAGUAGAUGAAACGUUCCUGUAUACUUCAGAAUCAGUAGGCGAGGGACACCCGGACAAAAUCUGCGAUCAGAUAUCAGACGCCAUUUUGGAUGCUCAUUUAGUGCAAGACCCAUCGGCCAAAGUCGCAUGCGAAACACUGGCCAAAGGAGGACUUAUCCUCCUCGCCGGUGAAAUCAAUUCGAAUGCCAAUGUGAACUACCAAGAAGUGGUGAAGCGAACCCUGAGGAACAUCGGAUAUGACGAAGAACGCAAGGGCUUGAAUGCGGAUACGUGUUCCGUGUUGACGGUGCUGAACGGCCAAAGUUCCGAGAUUGCCAAUGGGGUCUAUGUUAAUAAGGAUUCGAUGGACUUGGCAGCCGGGGAUCAAGGACUGAUGUUCGGUUACGCGACUGACGAGACUCCGGAACUACUACCCAUCACGCUGCUUUUGGCUCAUCAGCUCAACAUGAAGCUCGCAGAACUAAGAAAGACGAACCUCUUCUCAUGGGCGUGGCCGGAUUCAAAAACGCAAGUAACCUGCGAGUACUUGAAUUCCUCUGGGUCAAUGGUACCAAAGAGGGUUCACACAGUGGUAGUGUCAGGCGCAUAUGCAGCUCGCUGGGUGGCGAAGUCCUUGAUUGCUGCCGGAUUAUGUCGUCGUUGUCUGAUCCAAGUGUCCUACGCCAUAGCCAUCCCUGAGCCAGUCAGUAUCACAGUCUUCCACUUCGGCACGUCUAAAACAGGACUGACGCAAGCUGACUUGCAGCGAAUCGUUCGACACAAUUUCGAUUUGCGCCCAGGAGCUAUCAUCAGAGAUUUAGGUCUAACUAGACCAAUUUACUUUAAAACUGCCAAGUACGGCCACUUCGGUAACCCGUCUUUUCCGUGGGAAACACCCAAACCUCUACAGAUGCCAGAUGGACUUUGA